AUUCUCGAAUAUCGUGUGGAGGGGGAACGUCGGCGUAUAAAAGCAAGGAGCAUUCCACUCUGCAAAAGAAAAGCAUUGUUUGCGAGAAAGUGCAAGAGUCAACGUGAAGUCUUACUUGGUAUUUUUUGAAGUGUUACUUGAAAAAAAGUUGCAGGAUGCAGAUCUUCGUGAAAACAUUAACUGGAAAAACCAUCACUUUGGAAGUGGAACCUUCAGACACAAUCGAGAAUGUUAAGGCUAAAAUCCAGGACAAAGAAGGAAUCCCCCCAGACCAGCAGCGUCUCAUUUUCGCUGGAAAGCAAUUGGAAGAUGGACGAACUCUUUCCGACUACAACAUCCAGAAAGAGUCUACUCUUCACUUGGUUUUGCGGCUGAGAGGAGGGAUGCAGAUUUUCGUGAAGACUUUGACUGGCAAAACUAUCACACUUGAGGUUGAACCAUCAGACACUAUUGAGAACGUUAAAGCCAAGAUUCAAGACAAGGAAGGAAUUCCCCCAGACCAACAACGAUUGAUUUUCGCUGGCAAACAGUUGGAAGAUGGCCGCACCCUAUCAGAUUAUAACAUCCAAAAAGAAUCCACUCUGCAUUUGGUGUUGAGAUUGAGAGGUGGAAUGCAAAUUUUUGUAAAAACCCUUACUGGCAAAACAAUUACACUUGAAGUCGAACCAUCUGAUACCAUUGAAAAUGUUAAAGCCAAGAUUCAGGACAAGGAAGGAAUUCCUCCAGACCAACAGAGGUUAAUUUUUGCCGGCAAACAGUUAGAAGAUGGACGUACAUUGUCUGACUACAACAUCCAGAAAGAAUCCACUUUACAUUUGGUUUUGAGACUGAGAGGAGGAAUGCAAAUCUUCGUGAAAACUUUAACCGGCAAAACGAUUACUUUGGAAGUGGAACCCUCAGACACAAUUGAGAACGUUAAGGCGAAGAUCCAAGACAAGGAAGGCAUUCCCCCAGACCAGCAGAGAUUGAUCUUUGCAGGAAAGCAGUUGGAGGAUGGACGCACUUUAUCUGACUACAACAUUCAAAAGGAGUCCACUUUGCAUUUGGUGUUGAGAUUGAGGGGAGGAAUGCAAAUUUUUGUCAAAACUCUUACUGGAAAAACCAUUACACUUGAAGUCGAGCCUUCUGAUACUAUUGAAAAUGUUAAAGCCAAGAUCCAGGACAAAGAAGGAAUUCCCCCAGACCAACAGAGACUGAUUUUCGCAGGAAAACAAUUGGAAGACGGCCGAACUUUGUCUGAUUACAACAUCCAGAAGGAAUCCACUCUUCACUUGGUGCUCAGGUUGAGAGGUGGAAUGCAAAUCUUUGUUAAAACCCUGACUGGAAAAACCAUCACUUUGGAAGUGGAAGCCUCAGAUACCAUCGAAAACGUUAAAGCUAAGAUCCAAGACAAGGAAGGCAUCCCCCCAGACCAGCAGCGUCUCAUCUUCGCCGGAAAGCAGUUGGAGGAUGGCCGCACACUUUCCGACUACAACAUCCAAAAGGAAUCCACCCUUCACUUGGUGCUCAGGCUGAGAGGAGGAAUGCAAAUUUUCGUGAAAACCCUGACUGGAAAAACUAUCACUUUGGAAGUGGAACCCUCAGACACCAUCGAGAAUGUUAAAGCUAAGAUCCAGGACAAAGAAGGCAUUCCUCCAGACCAGCAGAGGUUGAUUUUCGCAGGCAAACAAUUGGAAGACGGCCGCACUUUAUCGGAUUACAACAUUCAGAAAGAAUCCACUCUUCACUUGGUGCUCAGGUUGAGAGGAGGAAUGCAGAUUUUUGUUAAAACUCUGACUGGCAAAACUAUUACACUUGAAGUUGAACCAUCUGAUACCAUCGAAAAUGUUAAGGCAAAGAUCCAGGACAAGGAAGGAAUUCCUCCAGACCAACAGAGACUGAUUUUCGCAGGCAAACAAUUGGAAGAUGGCCGCACCCUAUCAGAUUAUAACAUCCAAAAAGAAUCCACUCUGCAUUUGGUGUUGAGAUUGAGAGGUGGAAUGCAAAUUUUUGUAAAAACCCUUACUGGCAAAACAAUUACACUUGAAGUCGAACCAUCUGAUACCAUCGAAAAUGUUAAGGCAAAGAUCCAGGACAAGGAAGGAAUUCCUCCAGACCAGCAGAGACUGAUUUUCGCAGGAAAACAGCUGGAAGAUGGGCGCACUUUAUCUGACUACAACAUUCAGAAGGAAUCAACCCUUCACUUGGUUCUCCGGCUUCGUGGUGGCAACUGAAAGGCCUCCAAAAUAUUUAUUUUCUUUUGAGUCGUGAUUUUUUUGAUUAAAUGAAUAAAUUAUACUUUAUUACGUUA